GCUGUUUUGGAUUCUAUUCACAAUAAUUGUUUUGGGCAAUUCAGCGGUAUUGUUUGUAAUGUUUUUGAAUAAAAAUCGAAAAUCACGAAUGAAUUAUUUUAUUAAACAAUUGGCAUUGGCAGAUCUUUGUGUUGGUUUACUAAAUGUUUUAACUGACAUCAUUUGGCGCAUAACGAUAUCCUGGCGAGCCGGUAAUGUGGCGUGUAAAUUAAUACGUUUCUCUCAAGUUUGUGUUACAUAUUCAUCGACGUAUGUUCUGGUAGCCAUGAGCAUUGAUAGAUAUGAUGCCAUUACACAUCCCAUGAAUUUUUCGAAAUCAUGGAAACGUGCCCGUCAUCUGGUGGCAGGAGCCUGGAUAGUCUCCGCCCUAUUUUCCCUACCCAUACUGAUGCUCUACGAAGAGAAACUUAUACAGGGCCAGACACAAUGUUGGAUAGAAUUGGGAUCACCCUGGGCUUGGCAAGUCUAUAUGAGUCUAGUAUCGGCCACACUCUUUGCCUUUCCCGCCCUUAUUAUUUCCGCCUGUUAUGCCAUUAUAGUGAAAACAAUAUGGGCUAAAGGUUCAAUAUUUGUGCCGGCAGAAAGGGCGGGCUUUAGCAAUGCCACCGCAAGAAGAGCCAGUUCGAGGGGUAUAAUACCAAGAGCUAAAGUGAAAAACUGUUAAAAUGACUUUGUUAUUGUAAUAGUAUUCAUAGUGUGUUGGUCUCCCUACAUUAUAUUCGAUUUGUUGCAGGUGUUUGGUCAUAUACCACAAACACAAACUAAUAUAGCCAUAGCUACUUUUAUACAGAGUCUAGCGCCUCUCAACUCAGCAGCAAAUCCUUUGAUAUAUUGUCUAUUUUCCUCAACUGUUUUUCGAACAUUAAGUCGAUUUCCUCCCUUCAAGUGGUUUACCUGCUGUUGCAAAUCCUAUCGCCAUAAUUCCACCCAAAAUCGUUGUAACACCGUAGGACGUCGCCUACACAAUAGCUGUGAUUCAAUGCGCACUUUAACCACCUCCUUGACCGUGUCCAGACGUUCGAAUAAGGGCACAACACGUGUGAUUAUUUGUGAAAGGCCUAAAUCGAAUUCCAUCAACCAUAAUGCCAUGUCAGAGGUAUGAUAGCAGCAGCAUUGUGCGCGUUGUUCUAGUGUGAUUUUAUAUCGUUCAACGCGUUUUACUCCGCUGGAAUAUGUGUAAGUUAAUUAAGCUAUUAAUUGCUAUUUAAUUACAACAACAAAAGAAAAGAGAAGAAAAAAUAAACCUCAUUUUAAGCUAGUCAAUCUCAAUUGUUUGUCAACUUUAAGUGUAACCUGUCAUUUGUAAAUUAAGUCGACAAAUACUUACUUAUUCACACCCUAGAUUCAAUGUAAAUCUCAUUUUAAUUUAAGACAAUAAGGCUAUUAUUGAAAGAAAUUCACGUAAUAUUUUUUGUUGUACAUAAAACCAAACAUUUGUGCUACUCACUAUUGGUAUUGUAGCGUUGUAUGUCAUAGGUUUUUUUUUAAAGGUUUGUUUUCGAAACAAAACAACCAUAAUAUGUAAGACAUACAACAAUACAACGUUACAACCCAUUUGUGAAUUGGACAAAUGUCUUGUAUGUAUUUUUGCUCUAUUUAGACUGAUCUUUAAAACCUAAAAAAAUCUAUUAUACAUUUUCACAAAAAAAAAAAAAAAAACAAAACAACUUGUACAUUUUAUAUAAUAUUAUUACAAUAAAAAAUGUAAAAAUAAUUUAUUAAUAGCAUAAAUAGUGUAAUAAUAUAUUAAAUUUUCUCUCUCAGAGUUGUGCUUUUUUAUGAAUAUAAGAAUUAUUUAUUGGAAAAGAAAACGAAUUUUAAAAUAUUAUUAACUAAUAAGUAAAAAAAGUGUAAAAACUAAAACGUUAAAUAAAAUAAUUGUUAAAUAAAAAAAAAUAAUUUUAUAUUAGCAACAAAUGUCUAUGCUAAGAAUUGAAAAUUUAAACUUUUUUAAAAGUUAGCUUAGAAUGCAAAUUGUCUAAGUCUAUAACUUUAUAAUCGUAAAACUAAAACACACAAUACAAAAUAAUAAUAGAAAAAACACAAUAACAUUCUACUCAACUGACCAAUAUAACAUAACUAAUAGAACAAGUUUUGCAGCUAAAUAAAAAAGCAGGAUUAACAUAUUUGCUUUCUAAGCUAAUUUGUUAAUAAUCAUAAAAAAAAGAUGAAAGGAGGAUUUUGUCAUCACGUUUAUAACACAUCGACAUAUUUAUCAUAGUUACAUAAAAGUUUAUAUAUUUCUGACCUUUUUAAGAUUCUUAGACAUAACCAUCAUAACCUUCUAACUGUCCACCUAACUGCUUGUUGAAUAGGCUCCGAAGAACAGAACAAAACGGCUGACAUUUUGCUCCAACAUUCUCUAUUUAUUGAUAAGGUUUGUUUAAUAUCGAAAACGAUCCAAGACUUCACCUAACCUCCAUACAAUUGCCCUCGGAAUAGUAUUUAAAUACGUAUAAAUAUGUUAAUUAUAGUACCGUUGUAGUUUUGUUCUAGAUCUGUUCUAUU